AUGAGGAUCUACCUGCUCCCCGUGUCCACGCGGCGAACGCUCCUCUACGCCAACCGCCUCAACGCCGCCUCGCACGACGGCAGCCUCAUCGACCGCGGCGCCGCCUUGGCCGCGCGCAAGUGGGCGCAGUGGGAGAAGAUGGAGCGCGGCUGGCAGCGCAAGGUCGUCGACUACGGCAACCAUGCCUUCCGGCGCAUUCCCUUUGAGGAGUGGGGGCUCAAGUCGGUGCCGCCGCUGUCGGCACGGCGCCGCGAGGACGAGCUGCGGGGCCGCGAUGCCGUCCAGCUGGUGUUCCCGCCGGCGGCGAUCCCGGAGCACAAGGCCGAGGGGGUGGUGCGGAGGCUGGCGACGGAGAGGCAGGCGCUGCAUCGGCAGAGGCUGAUGUGGUGCUUUGUGGGCAUGCCUAUCACGGCGCCCUUGGGGCUGGUACCUUUAGUCCCCAACCUCCCCUUCUUCUACCUCGUCUACCGCGCCUGGUCUCACUGGCGAGCCAUCAACGGCGGCAAACACAUCCAAUGGCUCCUCCAGAACAACCUCCUCCACCUCGCCCCCUCCAAAGAGCUCGACCAGCUCUACACAAAGCACGGCCAGGCCCCCGCCGACGAGCCCGCCGGCAAGGAGCAGAUGCUCAUCACCCAGAAGCAGAUCCAGGACUUUUCAGAAACCCUCGACCUGCCCGCCGUCGAGAUUGAGCUCGAGAGGGCCAUCUGGCAGGUCGAGCGCGCGCUGGGCAAGGAGCAGGAGCCGCAGACGACGGAAAAGACGCCUGAGGAAAAAGACAAGCAGACGGAAAAGACACCUGAAGAAAAAGACAAGCAAUCAUGA